CGGAGGGUUGUGUAAGAUGCAUGAUGGGAGUUAACCCGGAAGUAAUCUGUGUCAAAAUAUCCGGUGUGAGAUUCCGGCAAGAUGGCGUCGUUUCAGCAGAACCAGAGUGAGGCAUCUGCGGUGAUAGACAUGAGUACCCUGGAGGACGGAGCAGGGUUGGAUGAUGACAUCAGCAUUGCCAGCAGCGGAGAUGAGUUCGUGGACGUGCGAAAGCGUGAAAGAGCAACCAGUGACACAUCAGAUGAGGGAGACCCGUCCCUGGCCAAGGGCCUGACAGGCGCCUUGGGGCAGUCAAUGGCAGAACAGGUGUGGAAGACCGGCUCACAGCAGGCCAAGAAAGCCUUCAACCUUUAUGCAAACAUCGACAUCCUGAGACCGUACUUUGACGUGGAACCAAGGAAAGUCAUGAAAAGGUUACUGCACACUUUUAUCCCAUCGAGAGUCAUUUCUGUCCCGCAGAAAGUUGCCAGUGAGCUGUAUGGACCCCUGAUGAUUGUCUUCACCCUGAUAGCAGUGCUCCUCUACAACAUGAAGUCUUCUGGGCACACUGUGAGAGAAGGCACACUGAUGGGGACUGCCUUCUUUGUGUGCUUUGGGUACUGGUGGGGGACCUCAGCACUGCUGUACUUCAUCGCAUACAUCUGUAACUCACACAUAGCUGCCAUUCAGGUCCUGUCACUCACAGGAUAUGCACUUGUGGCCCACUGUGUGGUGCUGUUCCUGGGAACAGCCUUCCACUCUGUCAGUUCCCACUCCAUGUUCUACCUCAUGUGGGCCGUCUUUGGAGGACUCUCUACUGUCAAAAUGGUUUUGGUGUACAUGUCCAGGACUUCAGGACAGACCCAGAGACUUGCCUUGGCAGGAACCUGUGCAGCUCUUCAUCUUCUCUUUCUCCUGUACCUGCACUUUGCCUACCACAACAUCGUGCAAGACUUGGACCAAACCCUCCAAGAGCUUCAUCAUGUGCCCCGGGUUCCUGUCUCUCGCUUGCAUGACAUGGGCCCCAUCAGGUCAACCCACCCUGUUAUCAGGAGGGUCAUUGACCCUCAGGCCGCUGACCCCAUGGCCAGGGUGCAGGCAGCAGGGAAGAGUAAGGUUCCCAAGACCAGAGUUGAAAGGGAUGCAAACCAGCAGCUUCUUGACCUUGGUCUGAAGGAUGCCCCGCUAGAUAAAUCAGCAGACAAUGACUCUGGAGGGGAGAAUGCUGAUGCUGCUGUCAACAUACCAGUAGUACAAAAUCAUGAUCAAGAUGGAGGAAAGAACGAAAACCUAGGAAUGGUCCAUCCUGCAGAUCUAGCCAAUGGGAAGCCUGGAGACCAGGCUAUUGAGAAACCAGGAGAGCAGGCUAUGGGGAACCCUGGAAACCAAGCUGUUAAGAAACCUGGAGACCAGGCUAUUGGGAAACCUGGAGACCAGGUUGAAGAACAUGAAGUUGGUAACGAGGAAAAUCAUCAAAACAAUGAUGAAGACAAUACACACCUCGAACACCACAAACUGGACAUUGAGGACACAGGACAAAGACCCGCCCCCGCGGCAUGACAUCAUUAUAAAGGCUAUGCAUAGGUGUAGAUACUUCUCUUAAGGCCUGUACAAUAUGGGAAGCUGCUUUAUCUGUGGUGUGCUGUGCUAACUCUCCCAAUCCUUUCUACUGUCUCUCGCAAAUAUGGGGACACUCAAACUUCACUCAAAAAUUCAGAUGCCUACAGUAGGCCCAGAUUGAAAUUGUACAUUCCCAUUAUAUUGUUUGUGAUUUAGAAAAUUGUUCAGAUAAUACCAAUUUGAAAGUAUUUUUCACAUUUGUGUAAUGUGUUUGAUUUUGUUGAGCUGUGAUAGAUGUCAGUCUUCAGUCUGCACAGUUUUGAUUACAUUUGCCUAGGAAAAAAUAGGUUCUAACUUUCCAUCAUGAACAAACUGUGCCAGAAAUGUGAGUUGUUGCAUUAAAUUCACGGC